UUCAGUCUGCGGAGAUAAUUUUAGUUAAGCAAAGUGUGCUGUCUGCAUGCUUUAUGCUAUGUAAUGUUUCAGUGCCUUUAAAGAAGGUUUUAUCUUAUUUCUGUUAGCUAUCUAGUAGAAAUGCCUCUGCUGUCACCAAUGGAUGAAAGAGAACCAGAACAUUUUGAUGGGCUUUCCCUCUUGUACUGGACUAUUAUGGGCCCCCAUGGAAUCAAUCGAGCUAUACACCGUAUUGUCUUUUCCAACUGCCAGAAUGGAUUAGGCAUUAAAAUUAUCGGAGGCUACCGAGAGCACUCUGAAGAAGACUUUGGAAUUUUCAUAAAGAGGAUCUUGCCAGGAGGGACAGCUGCAGUAGACAGUCGAUUGCUUAUUGGUGACCUGAUUUUAGAAGUCAAUGGUCAAAAUCUAGUUGGUGUGACCAAUGAAAGAGCUGUUGACCUCUUGCGAACGGCAUCAGCAAGCACACAUGUAUCUUUACUGAUUGCCAGAGAUGAAGAAGCAAAAAAAGAGUUCCUAGAUCUGAUGGAGAGGCUCAACCCGCACAGCAAUGCAAGCUCUUCCAGGAAUUCCCCCACACAAAUGCUAACUGUUAGUGACAGUUUCUCUUCCGCAUCAUCUUCAAGGUCAACAAGUCCUCAGUUAUUGCAUCCGAAAGAUACAAAACAUCACGGAAAAUCAGCUAUGGCAACUCCUGUUCAAGGCACCACAAAUGACAGCGCGUUUCAGAUUAUCACAGUUUCCAAGGGAACAGGCCUCGGCUUGAACAUUGUAGGAGGCAUUAACAAGAAUGAAGGGCCCUUGGUGUAUAUUCUGGAAGUUAUUCCUGGAGGUGAUUGUCACAAGGAUGGCCGAUUGAGACCAGGAGACCAGCUUGUUUCUAUUGACAAGGAAUCUUUAAUUGGGAUCACAUAUGAGGAGGCAAGAACUCUAAUCAACAGGACAAACUUGAGAUCAAACUCUUCUUGGGAGAUUGCUUUCAUUCGACAUGAGACUGCUCCCAACCAAGUGGAAAAUCUGCAGUCCUUCUCUAGUCAGUUGCCUUCAGGUGGUUGUAGACUGAAACCUAUUCCAUUGGUGAUAAGUCCAGUUUUGUCUCCCACUGACAACACAGCUUCAAAAAUAUCCCUUCUGAAUGUGACAAAAGCUGGUUUCAAGAAGAGAGAGCAAUCUUCAGCAUUUUCUGCAAACAACAGUGCUGCUGACAUACCUGCUAGGGUUCUUGUCCCCACCUGGAGUGAUGAUUAUGGACCGCAAAGAAAGAAGAUUUCACUAAACCCUACAGUUCGUCUCAAAGCAGAUAAACUAGAGAUGGCUCUGAAUUAUCUUGGGAUUCAGCCUUCAGAAGAACAGCAAGAUGUUCUAAGGCAGCAACUUCCUAAAGAUUCUGAGGGAACAGUAGCUUUUGGAGAUUUUGUUCAGGUGGCAAGAAGUCUGUUUUCUAUACAGCUUGAUGAAGCUGGUGGGCCCCAAGGACCCCCUGGAUUUACUGCCCAUGAAAUUGCCAGAUUAUUAGAUUCACAGUCUGUCUCCUGUGAUCCUUUUGAAAAUGAUGAAAUGGAAGAACUUAGGAAAGAGCGAAAUGAAGCUUUGAAAGAAAUAUGUAAAUUGAAGGAAGAAUUGGCAGAGUCAGAUCGUAUAAGAAAGCAACUGGCCGAUGAGCUGCAAACUACCAAACAAGAAGCCAAGGCAUCUGUGGAAGAGACGAGAACCUUGCGAAGCAGAAUCCAUCUUGCAGAAGCAGCACAAAAGCAAGCUCACGGGAUGGAAAUGGACUAUGAAGAAGUCAUCCGUCUGCUCGAAGGAGAGAUCUCCGAGAUGAAGAUUCAGUUUGCCGAACCUUGUGGCCAAAAUAAAGAUGGCAUCCAAGAUUUAAGGAAGAGGAUUACUGUGCUUGACUGUCAGCUGAGAAAAUCUGAAGCAACCAAAAAAACAUUUGAAGUGGCAACUGAAAAGUUGCUGCAGUUUGUUGAGGUUAUACCGGAAGUGCUAUCAGAUUGUUCCACUUCUCUACCCAAUGUAAGUGACAAAAAAGCCACCUUUUCCUCUAAAGUGAUCCUUGCACGCCUGGGAAGGAAUGGCCGCAGUAUCCCAACAUCGCUUGCAACUGAAGCCAAAGAACUUGCUAGAUCUGUCCGUGCCAUUCUGGAAGCAGAUUGUCUGCCUUAUGGAUGGGAAGAAGCCUAUACAGCAGAUGGAAUCAAAUACUUCAUCAAUCAUGUGACACAAACGACGUCCUGGAUCCACCCUGUCACCAGUGUCCUUUCCUUGUCAUGUUCUGAAGAAAAUGAAGACGAUGGCUUCAGAGAACCCCUGGAUCCCAAAAGCUGAGGAAAAAUCCCAGGCUGCCAUUGGAUUUCAACUUGGUUGUCAAGAAUCCCAUGUCUUGUAUUGCUGUAUUAGCUCUGACUAAUAGGAAGCUUGCUACUGAAUAGCAUUUGGGACUGAGCCCACAGGCUAAAUAACUUCCCUCAGUCUGCAUCCAUAGACUUUCUCUGGCAUAGGUCACAUACUUGUCUUGGAUAACCAGUGUGUUGAGUAACCAAUAUGCAACUAGUACUGCAAGUUCAGUUACAUUUUUUAUUUUAAAAAGAACCGUUUGAACAGGCAUCUGAUCUUAAUGCCUUUUGGCCAUUUGUAUAUCUUUGGCAUCUUAUCUGUUAAAACCAGUUCUCAAUACCUUUUCAUGUUCUAGAGAAACCUGCCCAAACCUGGUUGUCACCAAAUGUUUUUAAAGUAUGUCUCAUCUCUGAGUUAUAGUCCAAAAUACCUGUAGAGAACCAGUUUAUGGAACCUAAUCCUUGACUGACCAGACAGAAACCCAGGCCAAUGCUAUGAUGAUAGGUAACUUAUACACUCAUGUAUAAGUAUAGGAGUUUUAAUCAAAAAUC